AUGGAUGGCGAAAAUGAUGAAGAGGAUAAUAACAAUGAGGAAAAGGUGAGGAAUUUUAAUUUUUAGCUGAAAUUGAGAGCUCUAAAACUGAUUUUUAGGCUCAAAAUUAUCAGAAAAUCAUGAAUCUCAGCUUAAAAUCCAUCAAAAUUUCCAGAAAAAUGUGUUUUUUCCAGGAUAAUCGUGGCCGAUCGACUUCCACUAACUCAAAUCUCGUUCGAAUCACCGAUGAUUAUGAACUUGUAUCAUCGAAAGAGGAAAAAUCGCAAAUUGAUCGAAUUCGCGUCGAAAAAUUGAUGGAAAAAUGGAGAAGUGUUGCGAGAAGAGUGAGAAGUGAAUAUGUUGAUCCGUGGGAUCAAUUUCAUAUUCAGGUGAGGGAUUUUCGAGCCAAAAUUCAGGAUUUUCCGAUAAUUUUGAGCUGAAAUUCAAGAUUUUCGGAAAAUUAAGUUUAACAUGAGCAAUGCCCUCGAAUUUUUGCUCAAAAAUCUCAAUUUUCCAGGAUUAUCCCAUUCAAAAAGCCAAGCGCUACAUGUAUUCUGCAAUUCGAAAAACAUGGACAGAAGAUUUCGUCGAAAUCCGCCUUCAUCCGGAAUCAUUUGCUCGCGGAGCAAUGCGCGAAUGUUAUCGAUUGAAAAAGCUGUCGAGUUUGGGAGGAAAUCAUCAUCAAGAUUGGAAAAAUGCCCAAAAUUAUGUGGCUAAGAAAUAUAUCAAUCAAGUUGAGAGACGAGUUUUGUUUGAUGAUGUUAGAUUGCAAAUGGAUGCGAAAUUGUGGGCUGAAGAGUAUAAUCGGUGAGAUUUUAUCGAUUUUCAUCUGAAAAUCUGAAAUUUUCAGCUUUUUCUGGGCAUUUUAAGCCAAUAAUGGUGAAAAGUCGAUAAUUUUAAGCCUAGGAACACUUUUCGGCCCAAAAAUAAUUUUUAAAUUUUUUACUGUUUCAAAAUUUUGAUAGAAGGAAAUUGUUGAUAUUCGGAUUAAUCAGAACCUCUUAUACAGAAAAGACAAAUCGAUAAUUUUAACACUGGGAACCAUUUUUGAGCGUGAUUUUCUCUUAAUUUUCAGCCAAAAAAUCUGAAAUUUUCUAACAUGAGAAAUGCUGAAAAUUUCAGAUUUUUUGUCUGAAAAUCGAGAAAAAUCCCAAAUUUCGGCUCUAAAAGUUCCUAGGCUUAAAAUUAUUGAUUUUUCACAAUUUUCAGCCUAAAAUUCCCAGAAAGUGUUUUUUUUCAGAUUUCUUGAGUAACCUGAGCAAUCUCCUAAUUUUUACAGCUACAAUCCGCCGAAAAAAAUCGACAUUGUUCAAAUGUGUGUUAUUGAAUUGGUUGAUGCGUGCGAUUCGCCACUUUAUCAUUUGGAACAUUUUAUUGAAGGAAAUUAUUUGAAGUGAGCUAUUUUUCUGAAAUUUUCAGCUUUUUUCUGAUAAUUUUUGGCCCAGGAAUUUUUUAGGCCCAAAAACAAUUCUUUAAAUUUUUCACUGUUUCAAAAAAUUGAUGAAACUUUUUUUUUGAUUUGGAAAAAUUAGUUUACGUCUCGUUAGUUUUCAAAAUCUGAUUUCAGCUGACAAUGAAUUUCUAGAAUUUUCAAAACAAAUUUUUAAAUUGAACUUUCCGGUCAAAAAUUUGAAAUUUUUAACUGUUUCAAAAUUUUGAUAUAAUAAAAUUGAUGAUUUGCGAAUUGAUGGUACAUCUCCAAAUAUUGAUUAGUUUUUCAAUAAUCAAAGUUUCCCUCUAAAAUAUAUUCAAAGCUGAAAUGUUCAGUAAAUUCCCAUGAAAAUUUGCAAUUUGUUUAGCCUGAAAUCACUGACGGAACAUUUUUGAGAUUUUUUCACUGUUUCAAAAUUUGGAUGUAUAAAAACUCAGAUUUUCUGAUUGAUGGACUUCCCGUGUUCACAAGAAUUCAGUUUUUGGAAAAUUUUGAAUGAAGCUGAAAUUUUCAGGGGUUUGAGUAACAUGUUUUCAGGCAGAAAAACUGUAAAUCAAAAACAUUUAAUACAAUUUCAUGAAAAUAAUUAUCAACCAUAAUUUUUGGAUUUUUUCGUCAGAGUUAUUUCACUGUUUCGAAAUUUUAAUGAAAUAAAAUUUUAGAUUCGCAGAUCAUUGGAGCUCCUGAAUCUACUUUACCCAAAUUUUUGAGAAAUUAUAUUCCAGUAAAAAUUAUCAGAGUGUUUCAAAUUGAAAAUCGGCAUUUUUCAGCGUUUACUGUGACUUUUAAGCCAAAAAUUGUGAAAAAUCAAUAAUUUUGAGUCUUGGAACAUUUUAGGGCCAAAAUUUGGGAUUUUCUAGUCUGAAAUGAUUUUUUCUCGAUUUGCAGAUGAAAAAUCUGGAAUUUUCAGCAGUUUUAGAGCAUUGCUCAUAUUAGAAAACCAGAAAAAACUGAAAUUUCAAUUUUUUCACGUCCAGGGUCAAAAAUCCAGAAUUUCGACCCUAAAUGCUUCCAGGCUUAUAAUUAUCGAUUUUUCACAAUUUUUGGCUUUAAAUUUUCUCUUUAGGCACAAAAAUCCUAAACUCGGGCAUUAAAAUGUUUCCAAGCUUAAAAUUUCAGAUUUUUACCCCUAAAAUCAUCCCAAAUUUUGCAGAUACAACUCAAAUUCCGGAUUCGUCUCCUCGGAUGCUCGCCUAACACCCCAAUCAUUUUCCCAUUUCACAUUCGAAAGAUCCGCCCAUCAAAUGAUGGUUGUUGAUAUUCAAGGAGUCGGUGAUUUAUAUACAGAUCCACAAAUUCAUACUCUAAUCGGAACUGAUUAUGGAGAUGGAAAUCUUGGGACAAGAGGAAUGGCGUUGUUUUUCCACAGCCAUCGAUGUAAUCAUAUUUGUGAAUCGAUGGAAUUGUCAAAUUUCGAAUUGGCGCCACCAGAAAUACUGUAUGUUCCUUUGAACAUCUCAAUUUCUCCAGAUUCCGACUCUGAACUGGCGCGAACUGCGAUUUCUCCUAAACGCAAAACCCGCCUUCCUUCUGAAUGCAUUGUUGAACACGGUAUUUCGAUGGAUGAAUUGAGAAGAAGAACGACUUUGAAUAAUAUGAGCAAUGAUAUAUCGAUCGAGCAUAAUGAUGAUUGUAUUUGUAUUGAUUGUAUUCCGAUGGUUGAACAAUUGAUUGAACCAUGUUCGGAUGAUGAAGAUAUUGAAGAAGGAGAAGAUGGAAGUGAUGUUGGAACAGGAGGGGAAAGAAGUUGUAGAAGUAGUAAGGCUGGUGAGUUCUAGGGCGAUAAUCAGUCAAAAAUAUGAAUUUUCCAGCUGUUUCUGUUAAUUUUAAUUCAAAAAUGGUGAAAAAUCGAUUAAUUUGAAGCUAGGAACCCCUUUCUGAAUUCGGGAUUUUUGAGGCCUAGCAUGAUUUUUAAAAUUUUUAAAAAUCAUGCUAGGCCUCCAAUUUCUUGGAUUUCUACACCAAAAAAUCUGGGCAAUUUCUGAAUGGGAUUCCCUGAAUGGGGCUAAUUUUCAAAAACAGGGCUAAAAUAGUAAAACUGAAUGGGGUCCAAAAAAUGUGUCUGAAUGGGACCCGCCUGAAUGGGGCUAAUUCUCGAAAGUAAAAAAGAUAAACUGAAUGGGACCCGACUGAAAGGGGCUAAUUUUCAAAAAUAAAUAGUUUUCUGAAUGGGACCCGACUGAAUGGGGCUAAAAAUCAAAUAAAUAUUAGAAAAACUGAAUGGGACCCCGUUUAGUCAGUCGUUUUCCGGAUUUCCGGAUUCUUCAAAAUUUUGAAUUGCGUUUGAAAUUUAGUUUUCAAGUUUGAUUACUACUUUCGUUUGUUUAUCAAUAGCGCAUAUAGAUUGAAAGCCUAAUUUUUUUAAUUCUGAAGAACCUUAAAAUUUUAUCUUAAAACCGGAGAACACGAUUUGAAAUAGCUAAUUUUUCAUAAAUUUAAGGAUAUCUGGAAAUGUAUUUUUUCCAGUUUCUAAUGUAAAAGUAAUGUAAUGUUUCCUUCCGAACCUGCUUACAAUACUUCUAGUUUGCCGUUUUUCCUAGUAAAAUUCAAAUUCUUCGCACCUAUGUGUCAAAAUGUGGUUUUUGGGAAGCCACCUUGCCAAAAUACAACUUUUUUUAAAAAUUGAGUUGAGAGACACAUCUUUAUGGGCUGAAUUGAGUGAGACACAGAGAAAAUGACGAAUUUUAGAUCUUAAUUGGAAAUUCGGACUUAAUUUUUUAGUUCCAUCCUCCAUGAAGCUGCAAGUUUCAAAAUUCUGAAAUUCUAAUUUGGCUAAUGAGAAGCAAAAACCUAUUGAUAAUGCAAAAACACCGCACCAGAAACUGAAACCCACGUACCGAAUACUACAUGUACAUUCGACAUGCAUGUCGAAAUCGAGAAAAUGAAAUUUCCCAUGAAAAAUAUAUUCUCAAUGUAGGCUACCUACUUCCUUUCAAAAUUCCUCCGGAGUUUUAUUCUUCAAAACCAAACAUUUUGAGAAUACUUUAAGGAAGAAAUAUUGUGAUAAAUACAUGAAAAAACAAACUAGUAUUUCAGAUAUAAAAAAGUUAUGCGCUAUUGAUAAACAAACGAAAGUAGUAAUCAAACUUGAAAACUAAAUUUCAAACGCAAUUCAAAAUUUUGAAGAAUCCGGAAAUCCGGAAAACGACUGACUAAACGGGGUCCCAUUCAGUUUUUCUAAUAUUUAUUUGAUUUUUAGCCCCAUUCAGUCGGGUCCCAUUCAGAAAACUAUUUAUUUUUGAAAAUUAGCCCCUUUCAGUCGGGUCCCAUUCAGUUUAUCUUUUUACUUUCGAGAAUUAGCCCCAUUCAGGCGGGUCCCAUUCAGACACAUUUUUUGGACCCCAUUCAGUUUUACUAUUUUAGCCCUGUUUUUGAAAAUUAGCCCCAUUCAGGGAAUCCCAUUCAGAAAUUGCCAAAAAUCUGAAAUGUUCAGCUUUACCCAGGAAUUUUGAGCCAAAAGCGGUGAAAAGUCGGUCAUUUCAAGCCCAGGAUUUUUUAUGGCCCAAAUUUGGCAUCAAAUAAGUUUAAUAUGAGAGAUUCUCUAAAAAUAUGAGCAAUGAUCUGAAAAAGAACGAGUUUACAAUAAAAUUUCGAAACAUUUUUAUGUGAAAAAAUCACUGUUUCAAAAAUUUCAUAUCAAUUUUCAGUGAAUUUAUAUAUUCAAUACAUAUUUUGAAAGUUGUAAAAAUUAACGGGGCUAUUCAAGUAUUUUCUCAACACGCUGAGAAAACAGGAGAAAUGCGGAGAAAAUGUAUUUUCUUCACUUUUUUCGUAUUUUCUCAGCCUACCUGAAUAGGUUUUCUUCGCUUUUCUCAGCGUUGCGAAAAUAACUUGAAUAGUCCCAUAAAAAAAAUUAAUUUAAAACAAAAUGUCAAAAAUCACAAGAAAAUUAUGUGAUUUUUUUUGGAAAAAUCUUUCACUGUUUCAAAAAUCAUGUAUAAUUAAUUUUUAAUUUCGCGAUUCGGUAAAUCCGUUUUGAACAAGCUUCACAGUUCCAAAAAUUUUAAGAUUUUCCUUUAUUUUUGGCUUAAAAUUCAGAAAAAAGGGUGAAAAUUUGAGAUUUUUUGGCUAAAAGAUCGAGAGUUCACUCCAAGCAAGAGAAUCCUGAAUAAAAGUUUCUAGGCUUGAAAUCAUCGAUUUUUCAUAAUUUUCGGCCAAAAAUUAGUAGAUAAGGCUGAAAGUUUCAGAAUUUUGACUGGAAAUCGAAAAAAAUCACUCUAGGCUCAAAAAUCCCAAAUCCAUGCUUAAAGUUAUCGAUUUUUCCCAAUUUGUUGACGAAAAUCGAAGAUUUUCAUUCCAGGAAGUAUCAAAAGUAGCACAAAAUCAUCGAUCGACGAAAAUUUGCACAAAAGAAGUGGAUUUUUCGACAUAAAUUCAAUUCGUCAAAGACAUGACAGUUUCCGAAGUUCAAUUGGAACAUAUUCAAUGUCUCAUAGUUCAAGAUUAACAAAAGAUACGGAAAAAGAUGAUUAUUGGAAAAUGGCAAGGAAAAGAGCAAUUCCAGCCAAUAUUUCUGGAGCAUGUUUUGGUGGCUCUGAACAACAUGAGCAAUUCUCGAUUUUGGGACAAAUUCAUAUUGAUUUGGCCAGAUAUCAUGAAUUGGGAAGGUUUAUUGAAAGUGAGAAAGGAGAAAAGGAUAUGUUGGAGGAUCCACGAAAAAAUUAUGAUAAACAAUCGGCCAUUUUUCAUUUGGAUAUUGCGAGGAAAUGCGGGAUUUUGGAGGCGAUUUUGACAACUGCGCAUAUUGUUUUGGGUGAGGGUUUGAGGGGAAAAAUAGUGAAAAAUAGAUAAGUUCAGGUCUGGGGAAGUUUUAGGGCCUAAAUUUGGGUUUCUAGGCCUAGACAUGAUUUUUCUGAAAAUUUUAAGCCCAAAAUGAUGAAAAACCGAUAAUUUUAAGCGCUGAAACCUUUUUGGGCCUGAAUUUCUGAGCCCACAGUGAUUUUCUCUCGAUUUUCAGGCACAAAAUCUGACAUUUUCAGAUUUUAAGCCCUAAUUUCAAUUUGAUGAAGAUUCAAAAUUAUAUGAAAAAUUAACUGUUUCAAAAAGUUAUGAAAAUGAUCUGAGACGAGUCUUCAAUAAUAUUCGUGGAAAAAUUCUGAAAUUGACAUUUUCAACUAGAAUUAACCAAAAAAUCAAAUUUGGAUUAAAAAAUGGGUUUUCCGAUGAUGUUUUUGCCCUAGAAAAAUCCCAAAAAUUCACUGUUUCAAAAGAUUUUGAAAAUAUUUUGGUUUUAUUUUGAUUCGAUUCCAGUGAAAAAUGCCAAAAUUCUGAAUUUUUACCUUAUUUUUUCCUAGCAAAAAACCAGAUUUUUCAACAUUUAGAGUAAUUUUCAUCCCCACAAAUAUUCACUGUUUCAAAAAAUUUUGAAUAAAUUCUGAGAUUUAUUUUGAUUUGAUUUGAAGCGCCGUCUAGUAUUUUUUAGUCGAAAAAUCUGAAAUUUUCAGAUCUCCCACACGAAUUACUCAAAGAAGUUCGAGUUUCGGAUUUAUUCCCAGAUGGAACGGAAGAAGAAAUUACUGGAAUUAAAGGUGCAGAACCCCUUGAGUUAUCCUAAAUACCAAAUUCCUUCAGAUCUCGAAGAAUUCGGAUCGGAUUUGAUGGAAAUCGCGGCUGAAAUGGGGGAUAAAGGAGCAAUGUUAUAUAUGGCGCAUGCUUAUGAAAGUGGACGAAAUUUGGGGCAGAAUCGACAUGCGGAUUAUAAGAAAUCGAUUGAAUGGUGAGAUUUUGGGAGGUUUUAGAGAAAAUUUGCUGUUUCAAGGAGUUCAGGAAUUAUUUUUAAUUGUGGGAAAUUCAGUGUUGUAAAUUUUUGAAAAAAAUCUUUAUAAAAAUAUUACCGUUUCAAGGUUUUCAUGAAUUUUUAGAGAAAAACGUAAUUUUUAAUAAUUAGUUUUGAUUACCAAAAAUAUGACGAAAAAAUUUCAGGUCAAAAAAAUUUAUGAAAAUUUUCGUUUCCAUGAUUUUCAAUUAAAAAUUCAUUAUAAAAAUAUUACUGUUUCAAGGUUUUCAUGAGUUUUUGAAUAAAAACGUGACUUUUAAUAGUCUCCGAAUUGGAUUUCCAAAAAUGAACUGUUUCAAAGUUAUUCAAGAAAUUCACUCGAAUUUCCAGUUUCCAAGAUUUUCAACUAAAAAUUUUACUCAAAAAAUUCACUGUUUCAAGGUUUUCAUGAUUUUUUGGAUGAUUUAUUCCAAUUUUGAUAUCUACAAAUUCUAAUUCAAAAAAAUCAGUUCAAAAAAUUAAUAGAAAUUUCCGAUUUCAUGAAAUUUUCCACGAAGUUAAAAAUUUCACUGUUUCAAAAUUUUCUAGAGAAUUUCACAAAAAAUGUCCCGUCUUCAUGAUUUUCAACAAAAAGUUUCACUCAAAAUAUAAAUUUUUCUAUACUAUGUAUUUUUUCAGUGGCCCUUGAUGAAUUUCAAAAGUUCAGUCAGAAUCCAAAAUUUCACUGUUUCAAAGUUCCUCUAAAUAUUUUCUGAAAUAAAAUUCCAAGAUUUUUGAAUAAAAAUUUAUUUCUAAAAAAUUUCACUGUUUCAAGGUUUCCGUGAAUUUUUGAAUAAAAACGUCAUUUUUAAUAAUCUCUCCGGAAAGAAGAUUGAUCAAUUAAAAUAGUCUCCGAUUUGGAUCUCAAAAAAUGAACUGUUUCAAAAUUAUUCAAGAAGUUCACUCGAAUUUCCAGUUUCCAAGAUUUUCAACUAAAAACUGUACUCAAAAAAUUCACUGUUUCAAGGUUUUUAUUAAUUUUUGGAUGAAAUCUGGAAAUUCCGAAUUUAGCAAUUUCAAAUUAUGUUUUGAAAUAAAAAAAAGCAUUUCCCAGAAUUUUUGAAAAUUCAAAAAAUUCACUGUUUCAAAAAUAAUCUAAACUUCUACAAGUUUUCAAUUUCUCGAUUUACCGUAAAUUUCUUAACGUUUUAAAACCAUUAUCAUUUCUCAGGUACCAAAGAGUAGUCGGAUUCCAAGACGACGAAAAAGCGUCGGCGAAUUCCGAAAACUCCACCGAAAAAUCGACAUUUUCAAGCUUCUCCCCUCUUUCUCGCCACGAAAUUCUCGCAAAAAUGGCCGAAAUGUAUAAAGAAGGCGGAUAUGGAUUGAAUCAAGAUUUUGAACGAGCGUAUGAAUUGUUUAAUGAAGCUGCUGAAGCUGCGCAAGAAGCUAUGAAUGGAAAAUUGGCGAAUAAGUAUUAUGAGAAAGCUGAGAUGUGCGCGUAG